AUGUCGAAAUCAAUUGUCAAGAAAGCAUUAGAAAUACUUGAUGAUGAUGAUACUACUACUAAAGAUAUAAAAUCCAAAUCCAAAUUAAUAUCUAUAAAGAAGAAGAAAAAGCAGAAUAAUGAGAAAACAAUUAUACAAGAUAGAAAACAAUUGGCACGAACAUGUUCUACAUUAAAGAAAAUGUCAAAACCAGUUGUUUCAACGGAUCAAAUUGAACAAUUUAAUAAUUAUCGAUUUGGUGGUCCAUCAAAACGAGGAUUACAAGAGAAAAAGAAAAAAGAAAAAGAAGAAGAAAUAUUUACUGAAGAAGACUUUAAACGUUUUGAAAGAGAAUAUAAUCCACCAUUACAAAAAUCCUAA